CUGAUCACGAGCCUCGCUGCGUGAGCUGCGGCUGGGCGUUUCCACCAUCCAGGGCCCAGCGCCGAAGCAGCGGGGACCCCGGCCCUGCGCAAGCCCCGGCGGGGGGCAGCAGCAGACAUGGAUGGGGACAACCACACUGCAGUCACAGAAUUCCUCCUCCUGGGACUGUCUGGGAAUCAAGAGCAGGAAGAGGUGCUCUGCGGGCUGUUCCUCCUGGUGGCCAUCUGCUGGGUCAUUACAAGCCUGCAUGCUCUCCUCCACACUCUGCUCAUGGUUCGACUCAACUUUUGCUCCAACAACACUGUGCACCACUUCUUCUGUGACCCCUAUGCUGUCCUGAAGCUCUCUUGUUCUGACACCCGCAUCAAUGACAUGGUGGUCUUCACUGUGGGUGGGUUGGUGUUUCUGACACCAUUUACAUGCAUUGUCAUUUCAUACGCCUACAUCUUCUCUAAUGUGCUGAAGUUGCCCUCGGCCCAGGGAAUAAGGAAAGCCCUGUCCACGUGUGGGUCCCACCUCACUGUGGUCUCUGUCUUCUAUGGGGCAAUCCUGGGGGUCUACAUGCGACCUUCGUCAUCCUACUCCAUACAGGACAUGGUGGCCUCUGUCAUCUUCACAGUGGUGACACCACUGGUCAAUCCCUUCAUCUACAGCCUGAGGAAUCAGGACAUGAAAAGAGCCCUGAGGAAGCUAAUUCUCAGAUCAGCAAAUUAG